AUGUUUGUCGUUACCCCCAAAAACAAAAUCCACGAGUUCUUCUCUUCCAACUGGGGAGCCUGUGAACCUCUCAAAAAUCCUCUGGUAAUACCUGAGAUGAGCAACCCUACAACAUGGGUGAAAUGUCAGAAACACUUGCCGGAGCAUCCUCAAGAUAUUGAGGAAUACCUGCCCAGGCUGAGCAGAUGCAUGCUCAAGAGCACAGGAUGGGUACGCAGCAACGGCAACAUGAACCUGAGCAAAUACCUCCAGUACCUUAGCCUUCUUGGACUAGACGAUGAGACAAUGAACGGAACCCGAGAAGCUCACAAAGGCUGCAUUGCAAAAGCGUAUAAAGAGCAAGACUACAAGACUCAGGACAAGGUCUACGUUGAAUGUAUCUUCAAGUUCUUCACAAAGUCCUGCAGCGCCAACUUCCAGGGCGCAGUGAAAGAAGGGUACAUCGUGGGCAUCACGCAGCUCAGCUUCAUGCCGAGAAUGGGACCUCUAGAGGUCGUCGACGACGUCGAAGCUGAAGUCAGCGAAGACAAUGCGCCGCAAGACGUCCUCCCAGUCACAAACUCAACCUCUACCUCGUAG